AUGAAGAAGAUGAAAGCGGUUGCUGCUGCUGCUGCUAUGGACUCUGCUCCUCCUUCAUAUGCUACCAUGUAUGAAGAUCCAAGGAUCACGUUCAAGCAUCAAAGUCUUAUGCAGGACUAUGAGGAGUUAUACAAGGAAACAGAAGCCAAGGAAAGGAAAUUGCAGAUGAUGAGGCAGAAAAAACUGACCCUAAUGGCUGAAGUCAGGUUUUUGAGACGGCGAUACAAAUACUUGAUACAAAACAAGUCUCAGAAACCCCCAGUUGAGCGAAAUUUUGUACCACACAACUUAGUAGCUAGUAAAAAAUUAAAGAAGGAAAAGAACUAUAGUGGAAAUAAUGCGGCUGCUCCCAGACCACCAGUUCCUCGUUUUGAUUUAAACCAGAAGGGAAAGGUUUACAUUGAAAGGGAAGCCACUUUGCGAAACCCUGCUCCAAUUUUUGACUUAAACCAGAAGCAAAAGACUUACAUUGGAAAGGAGGCUGCAUUGCGAAAUACCGCAACAAUUCCUGACCUGAACCAGAAGGAAAGGAUUUACAGUGGAAAGGAAGCCACUGUGCGGAAUAAUGCUCCAAUUUUUGACUUGAAUGAAAUUUCGACAGAGGAGGAAGAAUUACAGGUUAAUGGCGACAUGUUGAGAGCAGAGGAGCCAAAGAUUAGUUCAAUGAGAGGUGGAAGUGAUGAGCUACAUAAUGAUAUGAAGUUGUCAGCUUGUAGGAAUGUUGGAAAUGGAUCAAGCCGGGCAGGGAAGCGGAAGAUUACAUGGCAGGAUCAGGUGGCUUUGAGGGUUUGA